CACUUGCAUUGAGGAGCCUCUCCUAAAGAUGACAUGCGUCUAUCGGAUUUGUACAUUAACGACAACCACAACGUAGAAGUAAGAUGAAAAUGUUUUGUUCGAAUUUGAUCGUAUAGCUUUAUUAUGAUUCAGGGUGCAGAAUUCUAACCCGGAAAAGAACUCAGACCUAACUAAUCAAAACGCUUAUCCCAGGCUAUGUAGUUGAACACCGAUCAAUUCGAUGCGAAAAAAUGGCGGAUGACAAGGAUCCCCUGAAACAGCUGAAAGACCUGACGCAGCUAAAAGAACAGUUGGAGGAGAUCCAAAAGCGAGUUGAGAACCAAAUCUCUGUUGGAAUUCCUCAGGGUGGCUCAGUGUUAGGGUCGCCGUUCCUGAAGGGCUUCCUGGCUGGUUACGUGGCGGCCAAGCUCCGAUCCUCCGCCAUCGUGGGAUUGCUGCUGGGGACCGUCACCGGCAUGUACGCGGCGCAAAACUAUCAAGUGCCCAAUGUUGAAAGGACGGUGAAAGAGUUUUUUGACAACUUGAAAAAAGGGCCCAAGUAGAGAUAGCCUGGUGCUCCUUCUUGUUUGGACUAAAAUAAGGAAGUGCUGACGAGGUUUGGUCCUCACAUUUCCUGUUUGGUUUUAUUUGACAUGCUAGUUGAUUUGCAUUGCAGUUAGUUUGUAUUGAAUUUCACGGUAGUGAUAAUGA